UGACUUUACAGAAUCCGGGACCUUAACUAGGCGUGUUAAUUAGGCCUGACCCGGAUGUUUACACAGCAACGGCUACGGUAAAAACAGCGUUGUUGCUCGUGUGCAAGUAUGUUGGCACGCGAUCCAAAGAGACGAUUCAGAAUAAAGUUGAGGCUUCCUACUGACGAUAUCGUAGAAAUGACGAGUCUGUCUCCAAACACAAGCGUUUUCUCCGUGAAGUUGAGUAUAGAAAAAGAGUUUGGUGUUCCAUGCUUCUUGCAGCGACUCAGUUAUUUGGAUUCAGUGGAUUUGUCAGAAACGUCAAAUCUCCAACAGAACGAUGUGGUGUCUGGUGGUACAAUACGCCUUAGAACAUGGAAUAAUUGGCAUUCUCUCGUGUGUGCUGCUCUGACGGGUGACAUAAGAGACUUACUAAAUUGUGGAGGUGAACUGGAAACAACUGAUUGGGAUAAGAAGAGAAUCUGGACUUUGUUGUAUUUAGCAGCAUUUUAUGGACGAUUUGAGGUCGUGCUUCAGGUAAUUGAGAAUCGCUCUGUUAAUGUGAACAAGAUUAGUCAGUCAGGGAGAACAGCUUUGCAUGCAGCUGCUUAUAGAGGAAAUUGGAAAUGUCUUUGUGCUUUGUUGGAGAAGGGAGCCGAUAUCACAAUAACUGAUAAUGAUGGAUAUACAGCACUUGAUCUGGCAAAAAUUGGCUCCAGUGAAACGUGUAAAGAUUGUGAAAAGAGUCUGACUUUCUGUUCUUGGAAUCUGCAGAAGAAUAAAAUGAUCAGGAGAAACAAAUACAAUAAACUAUCACAGAAAAUACUUCGUUAUGAAGGCGAAAGGCAAGCUCAUCUGUUUGCUGACUCAACACUGCAAACAUGGUACACAGGAGAAUAUGCCCAAAUGUACGUGUCGCAAACUCCGAAUCCAGUUUCUCUGCCAUCGAAGAAAAAACCAGUUUGGAUGAAGCGAGCAGGCAGUUCUUUACCACCAUUGAAAUGUGAUUCACAGCCUACUACUACUCAAUCAACAUUAUCACAAACAGAAUCAGCUACAAGUCCAAGAGCAUCUCGUAGUUCAGAUAGAGAUAUGGAAUCAGGACUAGAUGAUAGUGAUAAUGAACAGAAGCAAAUGGGUGAUCAAGAGUGGUUUGAUCCAGUGAGAGCCAGAGAGAUAGUUCCAACUGGUCCUGAUCUUAUUGCAUACAGUGAAAAGGGGUUGCGUCGACGUCUUCACAUACGGGCUCGUGUUAUUCCAAGCCCUUCUUCACUUCAACCACCUAGACGAAUGCCAUCAUCUUGUAAAUUUGAAAAGAGGAGGGGUACAGAUUCGAGAACAGAUUCUAGAAGUAGCGUUUCUGAUGGUCUUGACUUCAGGACAUGGCUAUCUCGCAAAGAAGAGGAAUUGACAAAAGAGAAUGAAGAGUCCAAAGAGCGAGAGAAACGAAAGAGGGAAACUAUGGAAACCGAAAAGAGAAGAAGACAAUACGAAGCCCAUGAAGCCUUCACAAGAUGGUUAGAAAACAAGAAGACUCAACCCACACCAUCGAAGCCCCAUGAAGAGGCCAGAGGACGCAACAGAACGAGACAUUUAGCAUCGGCUGUGCGGUAGUAUGUCACUGUCAUGUAGAUGUCAUCGAUAUACGUCAAUAGUGUGAGAAUGAUGUGCAAUUCUCGCGCUCCCGCGUGUCGUUCACGAGACCAACCGUCAGUUUCGUCC